AUGCCUGCUACAUUGAAGAAUUCUUCUGCUACUUUGAAAUUAAAUACUGGUGCUUCUAUUCCAGUUUUAGGAUUUGGCACUUGGCGUUCCGUUGAGAAUAAUGGUUACCAUUCUGUAAUUGCAGCUUUAAAGGCUGGCUACAGGCACAUUGAUGCUGCUGCUAUCUAUUUGAACGAAGAAGAGGUUGGCAGGGCCAUCAAAGAUUCCGGAGUCCCUCGUGAGGAAAUUUUUAUCACUACUAAGCUUUGGGGUACGGAACAACGUGAUCCGGAAGCUGCUCUAAACAGAUCUUUAAAGAGACUUGGAUUGGAUUAUGUUGAUCUAUAUUUGAUGCACUGGCCGGUACCACUGAAAACUGAGAAGGUUACUGAUGGUAACGUUUUGUGCAUUCCAACAUUGGAAGAUGGUACCGUUGACAUCGAUACUAGGGAAUGGAAUUUUAUCAAGACAUGGAAUCUAAUGCAAGAGUUGCCCAAAACGGGCAAGACUAAAGCCGUUGGUGUCUCUAACUUCUCUAUUAACAACAUUAAAGAAUUGUUGGAGUCUCCAAGUAACAAAUUGGUGCCAGCUGCCAACCAAAUCGAAAUUCAUCCAUUAUUGCCACAAGACGAAUUGAUUGCCUUUUGUAAAGAAAAGGGUAUUGUUGUUGAGGCAUACUCGCCAUUUGGGAGUGCUAAUGCUCCCUUAUUGAAAGAGCAGGCAAUUAUAAACAUGGCUAAAAAACACGGCGUUGAGCCAGCACAGCUUAUCAUCAGUUGGAGUAUCCAAAGAGGCUAUGUUGUUCUAGCCAAAUCCGUUAAUCCCGAAAGAAUUGUUUCUAAUUUCAAGAUUUUCACUCUACCUGAGGAUGAUUUCAAAAUUAUUAGUAACUUAUCCAAAGUUCAUGGUACGAAGAGAGUUGUUAAUAUGAAAUGGGGCUCUUUCCCAAUUUUUGAAUGA